UGUUCGCUAUUUGUCCUCUGUGCGAUACUUGUCAUCUGUGGUGUCAUGCAUCAAGCCUCAACCACUCCCAAAAAACUAAAACACUGCGAUUUAUAUUCGCACCCAAAACUUAAUUGCACAGAAGGCCUCACUUGUCAGACUGGCUGGCCUUCGGAGACGGACAACUGUGGAUCGAAGAAUAUUAGUGCCAGGAGUCCGUUUAGAAAUAGAAGGUCGUCCGCCAUAACAUUCUACGAUGGCCUCAACAAUUUUACAAUCACCGACCUUCAGACAUUUCCCCAGGGUUCAGACGGCUCUCCUGGGAUUCAAGAAUCUGGGGGCAAUAGAUCGCUUCAUAUCAACUUCGAACGAGAGACCACCGCACCGUGUUGCCGCCCAACAGUUGAGUGUUUCGAUUUCUUUAACACAAUCAGACUCAAAGGUGCUGCAUAUCCCGGUCGACUUCUGAUAGAUGAUUUGGAAGAUUGGAAGAGGGCAGAAUGCUGCAUGAGAGACUUCUUAACACCCAAGACAUGGUGUCCGACUCCCCCAACGAGAACGGUUUCAUUCACUUGGUUCCCACCGCCCAAAUGUGCCAAAAUC